GGGAAAAGCUUCAAGUGGAACUCUGCCCUUAUCAGACAUCAGAGAAUCCACACAGGGGAGACGCCCUACACGUGCUCUGAGUGCGGGAAAAGCUUCAAUCAGAGCUCACACCUUAUCACACAUCAGAGAAUCCACACAGGGGAGACGCCCUACACGUGCUCUGAGUGCGGGAGAAGCUUCAAUCAGAGCUCAAACCUUAUCACACAUCAGAGAAUCCACACAGGGGAGACGCCCUACACGUGCUCUGAGUGCGGGAAAAGCUUCAAGCGGAGCUCACACCUUAUCACACAUCAGAGAAUCCACACAGGGGAGACGCCCUACACGUGCUCUGAGUGCGGGAGAAGCUUCAAUCGGAGCUCAAACCUUAUCACACAUCAGAGAAUCCACACAGGGGAGACGCCCUACACGUGCUCUGAGUGUGGGAAAAGCUUCAAUCAGAGCUCAACCCUUAUUAGACAUCAGAAAAUUCACACGAGAGAGAACUGCUACAUGUGCCAUGAGUGCGGGAAAAGCUUCAAUGGGCGCUCACACCUUAUCACGCAUCAGAGAAUCCACACUGGCGAGACACCCUACACGUGCUCUGAGUGCGGGAAAAGCUUCGGCGGAGCUCUACCCUUUUCACACAUUGGAGAAUCCACACAGGAGACGCCCUACACGUGCUCUGAGUGCGGGAAAAGCUUCAGGCGGCGCUCUGAGCUUAUCGCACAUCAGAGAAUCCACACAGGGGAGACGCCCUACAUGUGCUCUGAGUGUGGGAAAAGCUUCAAUCAGCGCACAAACCUUAUUAGACAUGAGAGAAUCCACACAGGGGAGAUGCCCUACAUGUGCUCUGAGUGCGGGAAAAGCUUUGGGCAGAGCUCUCACCUUAUCAGACAUGAGAGAAUCCACACAGGGGAGAUGUCCUACACAUGCUCUGAGUGCGGGAAAAGCUUCAAUCGGGACUCUGACCUUAUCAGACAUGAGAGAAUCCACACUGGGGAGACGCACUACAUGUGCUCUGAGUGCGGGAAAAGCUUCAUUUGGGGCUCUGACCUUAUUAGACAUGAGAGAAUCCACACAGGGGAGAUGCCCUACACGUGCUCUGAGUGCGGGAAAAGCUUUGGGCGGAGCUCUCACCUUAUCAGACAUGAGAGAAUCCACACAGGGGAGAUGGAGUGUGGGAAAAACUUCCAUUACCGCUCAGCCCUUAUUCGACAUGAGAUAAUCCACACGAAAGAGAGACCCUACGAAUGCUGUGAGUGUGGGAAACGCUUCAAUCAUACCUCAGCCCUUAGUAGGCAUCAGCAAAUACACAGAGGAGAAAGACCCUAUGAAUGCUGUGAGUGCGGGAAAAGCUUCACUCAGAGAUCAGCCCUUAUCUCUCAUCAGAGAAUCCACACAGAAGAGCGACCCUACGAAUGCUGCAAGUGCGGGAAAAGCUUCACUCAGAGAUCAGCCCUUAUCUCUCAUCAGACAACGCACACGGGAGAGAAACCCUACGAAUGUUGCGAGUGUGGAAAAAGCUUCUCUCGGAGCUCAAACCUUACUAUGCAUCAGAGGAUCCACACAGGAGAGAGACCCUAUGAAUGCCGUGAGUGCGGGAAAAGUUUCAGUCAAUUCUCCUCCCUUAUCUCUCACCAGAGAGUCCACACAGGAGAGAAACCCUAUGAAUGUUGCGAGUGUGGAAAAAGCUUCUCUCAGAGCUCACACCUUACUAUGCAUCAGAGGAUCCACACAGGAGAGAGACCCUAUGAAUGCAGUGAGUGCGGGAAAAUGUGGAAAAGCUUCAAUCGUACCUCAGCCCUUAGUAGGCAUCAGCGAAUACACAGAGGAGACAAACCCUAUGAAUGCCGUGAGUGCGGGAAAAGCUUCACUCAGAGAUAUACCCUUAACUCUCAUCAGAGAAUCCACACAGAAGAGCGACCCUACGAAUGCUGCAAGUGCGGGAAAAGCUUCACUCAGAGAUCAGCCCUUAUCUCUCAUCAGACAACGCACACGGGAGAGCGACCCUAUGAAUGCUGUGAGUGUGGGAAAAACUUCACCCGAAGCUCAAACCUUACUAGGCAUCAGAGGGUCCACACAGGAGAGAGACCUUAUGAAUGCCGUGAGUGCGGGAAAAGUUUCAGUCACUUCUCCUCCCUUAUCUCUCACCAGAGAGUCCACACAGGAGAGACACCCCAUGAAUGUUGCGAGUGUGGAAAAGCUUCUCGGAGCUCAAACCUUACUAUGCAUCAGAGGAGCCACACAGGAGAGAAACCCUAUGAAUGCAGUGAGUGUGGGAAAAGCUUCUCUCGGAGCUCAACCCUUGUCACACAUUACACAGUCCACACCGGAGAGAAACCCUAUGAAUGCAAAAUAUGCGGGAAAAGCUUCAAUGGGAGCUCUCACCUUAUCAGACAUGAGAGAAUCCACACAGGGGAGACGCCCUACACGUGCUCUGAGUGCGGGAAAAGCUUUAGUCAGAGCUCUGCCCUUAUCACACAUCAGAGAAUCCACACAGGGGAGAAGCCCUACACGUGCUCUGAGUGCGGGAAUAGCUUUGGGCGGAGGUCUCACCUUAUCAGACAUGAGAGAAUCCACACUGGGGAGACGCCUUACACGUGCUCUGAGUGUGGGAAAAGCUUCAGUCGGAGCUCACGCCUUAUCAGACAUCGGAGAAUCCACACAGGAGAGACGCCCUACACAUGCCAUGAGUGCGGGAAAAGCUUCAGACAGAGCUCAACCCUUAUCAGACAUCGGAGAAUCCACACAGGGGAG